GAAGGUGCCCCUGCGCUCCCUGAGAGCGCCCGAGGGGCAGCUGCCGGAGGCCGGGGCUGCUCGCCGCCCACUUCACGCUUCCAGGCAGCUGCGAGCUCCUCCCGGCAGGAGGCUCUCCUGGGCAGCAGCGCAGGCGAAGGGGUGGGUUGGGUUGGCCCCCCCUCCCCGCGUUUCCUGGUGGACUUUAUUAAAGGACACUUUGCGCGGCAGCUUUCGGAGAUCGAGACUGAAGACAAGCUGCAAGGAGAGGAUGAAUCUGCACAUUUCCCAAGGAAUAAUGUCUGACAUCUAGAGCAGUGUUUGGAAGAUGCAACAGGAGCCGAGUCCUCACAAGGAUAGGCUGUUCUUCAGUAUGGCCGAAGUGCUGCUGAGCAGCGGAAUGCAUGCACGGAGGGGAGGGGGAACAAUUUUUGAUGCUUCCAUUAGUGCUCCUUGCGUUCCAGAAAUAUGUCCCCGAGGGCUGCGUCUCUUGCUUCAUCCUCCCAACACUGCUCUGGAGCAACUUUGAAUUCCCACUGAUGUAUGAAGUUUCAGAGCACCAAAGCAGCGGCACUGAUAGUUCAGGAAGCAGUCUAGGAAGCUCAGUUACAGCAUGUAAGAAGGUCCUCUGCAGUAACAGCCUCCUUGAGUCCACCGACUACUGGCUCCAGAAUCAGAGGACACCAUGCCGAAUUGGCAUUGCGGAAGACAAGUUAGAAAAGAAUUAUGCCUCAGUGUGCUUUGUGAAUCUGGAUGCAUGCAAAGAUGAUUGCAAUGAUGAACACUUGAAACAGAGAUUGAUCAGCAUCUCCCCGAAUCUCCCAAAGCUUAUCAGCUCCAUGAAUGUACAGCCACCAAAGGAGAAUGAAAUCAUCCUGCUGAGUGGAUUAAGUUCAGGGACCCCUCACGCUGAUGUUGAAGUACCCCAGUGUUCUUGGCUGGCAGAUGUCUGUCUGGUUCAGUGUGCAAGAGGAAACCGAAAAAACAGCACAAGCUGCAUCAUCUUUGAAAUAAACAAGUUUCUGAUUGGGCUGGAGCUCGUGCAGGAGAGGCAGCUGCACAUCAAGACGAGCAUCUUAAAGCCCGAGGACGAUACUAACUGCUCAGUGUCCUCAAUAGAGGAAGAUUUUCUUACUGCCUCAGAAUACUUUGAAGAUGAGAAUGAGGCUGAUGAGCAUCAAAAUGGUCAGGAAAAACAAAGUGACACAGAGUCUGUAGCAGAGUUCAAAAACUAUAAAGGGAAAGGACUUGAAAGCCUACAUUGCAAAAAGGCUAGGCUGCCAUGUACUCUGGAAACUAAUUGUAUUUACAAAGACAGCACUGCUCCUGCUAAAACUUCAAGUUCAUCUGAAGAAGACUUUAAUAGCGAAGAUAGUGUUUUACAAACUGUAGGGAAGGCUGUUAAACAGCUACACUGGAAGGCUGAUACUGGAAAGCCAUUCUCUAAUACAGAUGAUCUGGAUGACUCUUCUAGAAGUGAAACAGACAAUUCUGAUGUGUCAGAAGAGGCAUCUUUGGCUAUAAUGGCUAAGGAGGAAAUGAUUUCUUUGGAUGAUGCAACAGCAAAACAAAGCAGUCAACUACACGCACUGGAUUGUAGAGAUAAAAGGUUGCCUCAUCUUCCCUUGCAAAAUGAACCAGCAACCACAGGUCAGUUUGCUACAAACCUGGCAGAGUCUGUUCUGCAAGAUGCAUUCAUCAGAUUGUCUCAGUCUUCUUUUCCCAAAGAGGCUGCCAUCAGUAUCUCUGUUGGUAACCCCCUAACUUCAGCUACAUAUACAACACAGAAUGUAAUGGUUUCCCGAUCAUGGAAUGAACUUCCAAAAAUUGUCAUUGUUCAAACUCCAGAUGGCUCUGAAAAUACAUCUGAAUUGCCUGGGUCUAGCUUACCGAAUUUGUGUCCUUGGUCUGAAGCUGAACCUUCUCCCGAAGUUACAGAUUGGUUACAAGACAGCAGCUCCAAUGGAAGCACUCAGAGUGCUUUGGAAGUCGCUUUGGCUUGUGCAGCAACAGUCAUUGGUACCAUUUCAAGCCCCCAUGCUGCUGGGCAGCUCAAAAAAGAACAGGAAUUGAUGACCUCUAAAGAUGAUAUGGUUGAUAAUGAGGAAUUAGAGGCAACACCUUCCGAAAGCGUCAGUAAUUGCACCACUAUAGACUAUUCGUUUCCAUCUGCCCUGUGUGGUAUGACUCAAGUAGCAAGUGCUGUUGCUGUCUGUGGUCUUGGUGAAAUAAAAGAAGAUAAGUAUCCUGUAACAUCAGGUGGACUCUUAUCUGCUGCUGAGACAUCAGCAGCCAUUACCCUGCACUGCAGCAUAGCCAUAGGCAGCAGCAUGGAGAAUCUGAACAAUGGCAUUGCACAAGCACUAUUCAAAGAAGCAUCUUUAGUAUUAACCAAACCUGAGACAUACAGAAAUAUUGGGGACUUUAUGGACUCCAUAAAUGGGAAGAUUGUUCAGGCCGCGACAAAACCUCCAGUUCCACACUUGGAUGAAGUCAUUGUUGAUGAACUUGCCCAGAACUUAUCCAAUGUUAUUCUCAGACACUCAGUAGAAGAGGUUAGGAAAAAGCAGCUAAACACCAAUUCAGAGCAAAACAUAGACCUCGGUACCCAAGAUGUUUUUAUUGCCACUGCAAAUAAAUUGCUUUUUAAUGUGCUGUACUUCACUUGUAAAAAAAUGAGUGCCAUUUCACAGCUUAGCGAAUGUUCAAAUACCUUUGCAGAAGAUAAUCUUAGUUGGCAGGUAAUGGAGAGCCAACCAAAAGAUGCAACAAAUGAUCUGUUACAAUCCCCAAACUGCUCCACUAAUAAGCCCUUUAGUACUCUCUGUGGCACGAAUCCUGACAAGGAUCUUGUGUCUUUAAAUAAUUCUGUGAAAGACAUGAAAGGAGAAACUGUGGCAGAUGCUCUGGAACCGGCCAAACUUCAUGUAGAUUUGCCACCUACCACCAGUUCUCAUAGUUUAUCCUCUGGAAGAACAUCUCCCAAGAAAAGAUUUUUGAAAAGAAGUGCAAGAGAAUGUUACAAAUCCACAAAUCCAAGUAACAAUCCAACUAAGAGAGAACUCCGAUCAUUUACUGGCAGAGAAAACACGACAACAACCAGUGAAUGCAGACAUGGCAUUCAAGAACUGCAACCUUCCAGUGCUACAGUAAGUACAGAAAAUCAUGAAGAGCACACUUAUGAUGCAACUUGGCACAAUGAAGGCCAGCUCAGCAUGUCCAUAUUGGGCAAUCAAAGCUUCUUGCCUCCCCAACCUCUACUACAGUUGAAGCACCCAACAGAUAAAUACUGCAUAGCGGAUUUUGCAGAAGAAUUGGCAGAGACGGUGGUCUCUAUGGCAACAGAAAUAGCUGCCAUUUGCCUUGACAAUUCAAAUGGCAAACAACCCUGGUUCUGUGCAUGGCAGAGAGGAAGUGAAUAUUUGACACCCCAGGGUUUGUCAUGCCGAACUAUCAAAAGGAAGAAGGAAACACAGUCUAAUGGUUCCAUUGUGAGAAAGCAUAGGCCACCUAGGCUGAGUGAGAUCAAGAGAAAAACAGAUGAACACCCCGAGCUAAAAGAGAGGCUUAUGAAUAGGGUAGUGGAUGAAUCCAUUAACUUUGACGACACACUGGAUUCUAGCAGUAGUUUUGCCAGUGAAGUGGCAGCUAAAAUUAUGAACUUAGCAGAACUUUCUGUGACUGAUAAUGUGUGGCAGAGUCCAAACCAUCCUCGAAACAAACUUCACUGCGACAGGUGGAACAGGGUCAAUGCAUCCAGCUGUGAAAGCAUCCCUGAGGAGGACUCAGAUUCCAAAGGGUCUGCAAAUACUUUGGGUCUCAUGAACACUUUAGGGCAGCCCAUAAGCAGGACUAGUUCAGUCUCCAAGCAGUCCAGCUGUGAAAGCAUUACAGAUGAGUUUUCAAGGUUUAUGGUCAAUCAGAUGGAAAGCGAAGGACGAGAGUUUGAUUUACUCCUUGACUACUAUGCUGGGAAAAAUGCAAACAACAUCUUAACUGCUGCACUGCAACAAGUCAGCAAGAAAAAUGGCCACCUCAGCGUCAAGCCAAGUUGCCCAUCCAAACAGUCAAGCACAGAAAGCAUAACAGAAGAAUUUUACAGAUAUAUGCUCAAGGAAAUAGAAAAAGGAAAUAAAGAAGAUGGGUCCUCUAUGAGGAGUGCAAAAGACUGGGGUAGCAGUUUAUUACCUCCUUCCCAGAGGUCACCUUUUUGUUUUAGGCAGUCCUCCAUGCCUGAUAGCAGAUCCUCGGCUUCCAGACUAACAGUGAAUGUGCCCAUCAAAGCUAAUUCUUUAGAUGGGCUUUCACGCAAUGGACACCAGGAUUCUUUAAGCGUACAGCCAGUCAGCACAGUGUCUUCUUCAGGGCUUUGCAAAUCAGACUCUUACCUGUACCAAAGAUGUAGGACUGAUCAGGUAACAGACAUGCUGAUUCAUGAGACCUGGGCAAACUCCAUCAAAGCCCUAAUGUGCAAGAACAAAAUCAUUGCAGAUGAUGGGGGGGUUACUGAGCUUGACCAGUGUCCCCAUGACUCCCCACCACAUGUUCAGCAAUACGCAAACAGGCUAGCUGCAAAUAUUGUUGAAAGUGGGAAGACUUUAAUUGCUAUCCAUCAGGAUUCCACAAACAGAGAACAUGGAGCAGAAGGCAGCCACGUCCCAGGAGAGAUGCAAAAUAACUGUAAGCCAAUAGGAGACAGACUAGAUUUAGAUGUACAAAAACAAUCUGCUGCAACUGGACUCUUUCCUGCCAACCAUAUGAGCUCUGCUGCAUGCCUCAGGGAAGUGCCUUUGAUUCAGAUCGAAACAGAACAAAGAGAAGACAGUGAUAAAGGUCCGGAGCCCAUAACCAAAGUUAACAUUGCAUCUGGGAAAACACGGGAGUAUUUCAACAAAGAAAAAGCUCCAGAAGUAGAUUUGGGAAGACCCCUGGUUUCCUUAAUAAACAGCAGCUUAAAUAUGCAAAGUGGCCCCAACGCUGAAGAGGCUAAAGUCAUGGAAGAGGUUCCGGUGCCUCUCAGCAGCAGUGAUGAAAGCACAGGCAGCAGCUGGUGUCAGCUGGCAAAUGACGAGGACAAUCCUGAUGAUACAAGCAGCUACUUGCAACUCAGUGAGAGAUCUAUGAGCAAUGGCAACAGCAGUACCACUAGCAGUCUUGGCAUUAUGGACCUGGAAAUUUGUCAGGAAAACAUGCCAUCUUCUCGUACAAUUCAUGAGUUGGUAGAAGAAAACACAUUCCAUCCUAAACAGCCAGAAAAGGUAGAAGAAUGCACUUCUGGUUUAUCCAUGGGAACAACCAAUGGGCAAAAGGAUCUCUUGGUGAUAAACUUUGACUUGGAACCAGAAUGCCCUGAUGCAGAACUGCGUGCUACACUUCAAUGGAUAGCUGCAUCUGAGCUUGGAAUUCCCAUUAUCUAUUUUAAGAAAUCUCAGGAAAAUAGAAUUGAAAAGUUUUUAGAUGUUGUACAGCUCGUCCACCAGAAGUCCUGGAAAGUUGGCGAUAUCUUUCAUGCUGUGGUCCAGUUCUGCAAGCUCCAUGAAGAAAGCAGAGAGCUGACUCCAAGCCUCUUUGAUUGGCUUCUCGAAUUGGGAUAAAAAACCUUGUUAGCACUAUUUGUUUUCAUUUUUAAUCCAUCUUAAGUGGCAGUGAUUUGUGAGUGGCCCUCUUUUUCAAAACAUCAGCGUAUAGACUGAGCGGAAAGGCACAUAUUGUGCAGUUGCACCACGAGUCUGUUUUGAAGCUGAGCAGAGUUAAAAAGGAAGGAACAGAGAACCAGCAUAUCUCAUUCUAUCGCAUGGGGCACCUUGCCUUUUAGAAUGUACUGUUAUAGGAGAGGAUUGGGGUGUGCAAUUUAAAGGAGCAAACUGUUGCGAAGGUUGGAUGAAGAAGACACCUAUUUCCCAUAAUCAGACAUUCACAAGUAUCUGUUGGCAGUGUGUAUUGACUGACACUGGAUUCGCACACUAAAAAAGGUAAUUUUAAGAAACUUUGUAGUUUCGACUACACUGUUGGUUUGCAGAAUGCCAGCCAAAUGAAUAUGUAGGAGGAAAAUGUCUCUGAAUAAAUUCUAUGUCAUUAUGUUUUCAAAGUACUCCAGAGGAGCAGAAAGAGGAGUUUCAGCUCUUGAACUGUGUCUCAAAGAAGUGACACUCACAAGCUAUUGAAAUUGCUUUUUUAAAAGGCUGUAGCCUUUCAAUAGACAUACCUGUUCUGCUGAAAGAAAUAAAAUUCAGGUCAGCAGAUUUUAAUUUUACAACUCAUCUGGAGUCCCCCCCGCCCCUUCCCUGCAGUAAUCACAGCCUGUGCUCCAGUGAAUGCAAUACGGGACUGCUCAUUAACAGAUCUGAGGCCCACACACAGUUUUGAGAACAUCUUGCUGUGAGACUGUGGGCAGGUACUGGCACCUCUAAACUUCACUUUUUCAGUUAUAAUUGCAAUUCAUGUCCUUUGUAAAUCACUUUGUAAUCUUUGAAUAAACAGAGAUGCUUUUUUAAAAAAGGAUUAAACUGUUACAGGCUGAUCCUCUGCAUGUUUACUCAGAGAUGCCACUGCACUCAGUGGAACUUACUUCCAAGUAAAGCAUGCAUAGGAUGGCACCCUUAGUCUAAUUAAAUUAUUAUCAAUUAGACUAAUGUUUAAAAUAAAAUUCAGUUUAAUUUCGGCUGACCUGGAAAUAAAGAUAUAAACAUGCAGGGUUUUUCAUAUAAAUGAAAUACAAAUGGACCUUGCUAUACGUGGUACCGCUAUUUGCGUUUCCACAUAGCUGUAGUGGCCUAAUUGCCACCCAGCCUUGAUAUCUGUGGAUACAAAAGGGUUAAAACCCAUGUAUCCACAGUUUGGAGAUGCCAGAAAUUACCUUGGGGGUCAUUUCCAGAUGCCAUUUUGUUAAAGGGGGCCAUUUUGUAGCACAUUUAGUGCAAAAAAACCCCUUUUAAAACAAAAAAUCACAAAAUGUUGGAGGAAUUUGGACUUCUGGGGGGGGCAUUGCUGGACAGCCCAAAACCCAUGGAGCAUAGUAGGACAUUUACUUUACUUUUGCCACCCGCUUUUUUGGCCGUUUUUAGCAUGGUUUUCCCAGGCUCCAGGAACCUAAGCCCCGAUCCCUAUUGCCACAAUGCCACAUUAUCCACAGUUCCCAUAUCCGUGGUUCCAGCAGAGAAUAGAACCCACACGGAUUACAGGGUUCACCUGUACAACAUAACUGUUGACACUUUUAAAGCAUAACUUCUAUAGUGUAACUUUUCACUCUGAAAUUACUGUAAGUGUUUGGGGUUCUUUUUACUAUAUUUGUCUAUGCCAAACUCCAGUACCUUGCUUUUCAAAUAACUAGUUGUUUUCACAUCAGUACCCCACUAAGUAUCUUCAUUCCAGAGUGUCCAUUUCAUCUGCUAAUACACUUCACAAUGCAGCUAUUCAAAGUAUUGAAAUUAUAUAUAUUAUGUGAUUUGCUUCUUUGAGAAUAAUAAAUGCAGUCUUUUGGCCAUAUAGAGAUUUUUGUCUAUCUUCCUGAAAAUAUAUGAAAGGCAUAUUUUAUUUUCUUGAUAAGAGUAUAUGAUUUUGUAAUGUCCAGAAAAUAAAUUAUCUUUUUGCACUAUUUUUGAAGUAAUUUUAAAAAAAUUGAAGAGCCACAAUUACUGCCAUUGUUCCUUUUAAAUCAAUGUCCAGGCAUGCCUACCCUUUCUCAUACAUUCAGCAAUGAAGAUGUUUGCCAACAUUUUAAUCUUAUCUUAAGCAGACUUGUAGAAGAAUAUUAUCUGAAAAAUUUAAUAGAAUGGGUAGAAUAAUUCUCCAAAAUAUUCUCUCUUAUGAUAAAUAAUGCAGGAGAGUAUUCUUUUACAAGUCUAAUAUUAAGUGUUCAAGCAAUUCUACUGACAACACAGUUACUCCAGUACACAAAGAAGAGGGAAGGUCGCUAUUGUUAUAAAAAAGCGAAUUUACUGUGGAAAUUGACUUUGGCAAAUAGCAGCAGGGUCUGUUCCGGAGAAGUUCCACGAAGUCAAAAAAGCCCGUUAAGAUCUGUGUGUACUCAGUACCUCUCAGAAACCAAUAAAUAUAUAGCACAUUAUAGAUGGAAAUACAUUACAUUUAUUUUUAGACUAACUCCAGUUAGUUGUGAGUUAUACAGAGUUUUGUGGUAGUAGAAUAAAUGUUUACAAAGCACAAAUGACAUAGUUAAUAUGUAACAGUGUGAUGAAGUUCUUUUCUGUAUAUUACUUCUUAGUACUGCAACCUGAUCUGAAAUAAAUUUGUGUAAAUGGGA